UACAAUGUAGCGUUUCAGAUGAAAUAUUUUUAAGUCGUUCCCUACUGACAAGGAAGUGUGUCUUGUUGAUUAGUAAAAUGAAACUCCUACCGACAUUUUGUUUUAUGUGCAUAACAGUGUUCCGCUCGAAGCAAGAAUGCUCGAAUCUCCCGGAAGACUUAGACGGGGUCUGGACCAGUACAAACUUGGAAACAAUAACAAUCUCAUCAUCUGCAAAGACUCUUUCCAUGACGAAAACAUUUCACAGUUCUUUGACUGGCAGCUACUUCGAUUGUAUUUUCAAUUCCGGAACACAAUAUGUAUUCAAGAUGAACGAGACGGUGCCAAUCUUAAGUGGAACUCUCCAGGUCUACCCGUACGGUUGUUUUGACUUCAGGCAAGCCGGCACAUACUCGUAUUAUUUCUAUCUUAAUUCAGCUGAAGAAAUAACGUUAGGUGAUUCAAGAUUCAAGGCAGUAUUGUCAGGAAGCGUUGACACUAUCACCUCUCUCACAGACAUAUGUGAUACAUCUACAGUGGAUACAGCAGAAUUUUAUACUAUGAUAAAAUCAGGUUAUGUAUCCGAAGCAAUAUCAGCAGUGCAGUGCCCUGGUCCUAUAUUGUGUUCGUUCAAGUAUACAUACACUGACCAGACGGGUACAUACUGUGAAUCUGUGAACACUUCAACAAUAAUGAUCAAAAGUGACCAGAACUAUGGUGAAAUAGUGGUCAAUAACGCCGGAUGCACUACUAAGGAACCUUUUUAUUCUGCUGGCGGCCAGGUAGGAUGUAUUGCAAACGUAUACAAGUCCAGUACUGAUACAUACUAUACCUCGUACUACAACAGGGAUACGUCUUUAUCAACAACUUCCUAUCAGUUCACAUGUGUUGGUGCGUAGACACAGACUUGGACUCAAAAUCAACGAACCUGAAAUGGUUGUAUAUCCUGCUUCCAUGCCUCUGUCUUCUGAUCACCUUCAUAAUUGUUAGCCUCUGUAUUUAUCGCGGGAAGAAGAAGAGAAUCCCAAGAAAUACCGUGAGAGAUGUCGAGAUGGUUAAUGGUAAUUAGUGGCAUGCCUUACUCGACCCAUAGAUGUUACUGAAUGGUACAUUUUUCAAUGGACUUUUCGACUACGAUCAUUCAGAUUGUUAAAUACAUAUUAGCAGAAUCUGUAAAAUGCUACUUGAAUGAAUUAGAAUAUUUGGAAACCACGUUGUGUACUUUAUUAGGAUGUUUUAAAUCUGUCAUAAAGGCUUACGAAACGAAAAAUGUGUCGAUCGAUUUUCACCAACGGAAGACUUGACGCCAAAAUUGGCAGAACUGCCUGACAUCUUAGUGCCCCAGUGGAAUGUAUAUAUUUCUAAAUGCUAAUUCUGGUACAACUACAAGUUAUCGCUCGACAUCUAAGUUGUUCUUUUUAGAUUCCAAGUAAAUAUGUUUCUGCACCGAUAUUUCAUUGUACUGACUUUGCUGUCUACACCAAACAUUUUGAAAAUAUUACUUGUUAUCAAACCUUGAAUCGAAAUAUCAAUAUUUACUUGUUAAGUAAUGUGAAAGCAUGAUGAAUUGUUAUUUUUAUCAGUUAUCAUAGGAUGGACUCGUCCUCGCGUUUCGGCGGAAAUCACGUUAUCAUUGGGGAUUAGUAGUUAUUUUAUUUCAAACUUUUCCAAAACAGUUUUGAUAGCAAUGGGCAGCGCCAUUUUGAAUGUCGAGCCUAUGUUAUUUUAUUUUUGUAGCAAGCGAUUUCAUUGGCUGAACUAUAAAUACCGUUUUCGGAAAUCCGAUACUGUGCGAAAUUAGUGUACAAUUGGCCACUGUCAGAUCUUCAUGUACGAGAAGAUCGGGAUUUUAAUCAGAUUGGAAACAUUGCCAAACAUACUUAUUCUUAAACAAAAACUGUCCAACAAAUUACAAAUCUUAAAGUACUUCUAAACGAUUCUCUUGAUAGUUUCAACAAUGAUCAACAGGGCUUUUUUUCAGAUUUCUUUUUGUUUUUCUCAUUCGUUUUCAUUAUUCCCCUAUUUUCGUUUCUUUCUUCAAUGGUUUGUAUUUGCAUUAUAUGUAUUUAUAUAACAAAAUAUUAUGAUCAUUAUUCGCUUAAGUGCAUCAAUAUUGUGUUUGAUAUGAUGCUAAACCUUUCUCAUCUGCCAUUUCGGCUUAGAUAUUUCUCUGUCGUGCUGUCACAGAGCAUAUGAGGGAAUCUUAUUUUUUAUGCGAAAGUGAAAUAAAGAUUAAAUGUCGAAGCUGAGUUUCGAACCAGCACGGCAAAAGAUCUGUUUAACAUGAAAAUUCUGCUUUACCUCUGAGCUAAUUUGUAAUUGAUACUAAAACUAGAAAUAUUUAGAUUUUAACAUAUACUUCUCUAUGUUCCAUUUUAAUCUAUUCAUAGUCUUGUUUGUAAACAUCAGGUUAUCGAUGGGACAUAGUGAAACCUAAAUAAGUGGACGUUUUCUCGAAAGAAUGAACUGGAAAGAUGUUGUCGCAAUAUUGCGGUCGUCAUUAGAAUUAUAGACGUGUGUUUAUCACGCUUAAAGGCUUAUGAGGCUAAAUAUAGAUUUUUUUACUUCUACUUUCACAUUCAAAAACUUGAAAGAUAGGCGUUGAUUGGUUAGUUGAAAAGUCGCGAGAAGGUGACCUCCAACGGGUCACUGUCAGAUCCCAAUGUACAGCGUUAUUGAGGAGAUGAUUUUAGUCAGAUUGGCAAUGUUCCACAACUGUACCUGUAAUAUUUGGAGAACAGGAGAAUGUAUGAUAUGAUUUUAUUUCUUGAAUGAAAGAUGACAGAAAUAUAUCUUGAGUUAAAUCUAUACCAAUUUCAAUUAGCCAUUUAAACAAUUUGUUCCAAAACAAUUGUGUUUUGUGGCAGCUCCAAAACAUAAUUAUGUUCAAUACAGUCUAUUUCCAUAUUACAAAAAUCACAUAGUCUAGACUUACAUAUCUGCAAUUAAAACGGAACUUGUUUGUUGCAAUAUUCCUGUGCAAUUAAAAAUGUAAUGAACAAUUUGUAGAGUGUUAUUCUUACAGUUAACAACACAUUCUUAUGUGUUUCAUAUAUGUUUCUAUCAUUUUAAUUAGGAUUUCGGUUUUACGCUUUUUCUGUAGCUGUAUUAUUUUUUUUUAUAGGUAUAACUCAGUUUUUCUAGGAUUCAUAUUUAUUUCAUCGGAUAUACUAGGGGUAUGUUGUUUUUAAACUUCCGUUUUUAUUCCUUUGCGAUCGAUGAAAUAAGUCUGUUCAAGAACUCGGUACUAGGAAUGUUGUAUUCUAUUUGUAAUUGAUUGAAAGUAUUAAAAUUGCUUGUGUCUGUGUUAUAAAUGUCCUUAAUACGAUUUAUGUUUUUACUUUUCCAUUGUAUGAGCAAAAGUAGAGAGUUGUUAUUUCUUAAAUAUGAAUGUUGCUAAAAGCCUAUGUAGACUUUCAUUAAAAGUUUUUUUCCUCCAUGCAACUAAUAUGUCAUUUUAUGAAUUAGUCUUUAAGCUUGAACUUCAAUGCGUCUUUGUAUUUCUAUUGCAAUUGAAUAGAGAUAUUCCUCCUAAAUGCUA